CCGGCCAACGUUUCGACAGUCUCUACACCGUCAUGAACACUGAAUCAGUUGUCGAGUUCCUUGGGAAUGUGACCUUGUUGCAGCGGUUACCUAGUUCCUCUCUGAAGAGAAUCUCCGAAGUCGUUGUCUUCAAAGGUUAUGGUCAGUGAUUCUGGGAUUUUAAUCUUGUUCUUAUCUCGAAGUCAGUUUGAUUGGGAAUUUCGUUAUGUUUUGUUGAUCUGUUUUCAGUGUCAGUGUGUGUUCUUGAGUAUAAGCACUUGAGCAGUGAUUUUAGAGACAGAUAUUAUGUUUUUACACAAUGUGAUCUUCUUUGGGAAUGUGCUUCACAGACAGAGGUGAUUAUGUGGUUCGUGAAAAUCAAAAUGUGGAUGGAGUUUAUUUUCUCUUGCAAGGACAGGCUCAGGUUCUGAGAUCAGCCGGAGAGGAAAACUAUCAAGAGUUCCCUUUGAAACGAUAUGAUUUCUUCGGCCAUGGUAUUUUCGGGGAUGUUUACUCAGCAGAUGUUGUUGCUGUGACAGAGCUUACCUGCUUGCUGUUGAUGUCUGAUCAUCGUGCUUUACUUGAAAUAAAGUCAGUCUCGGAUUCAGAUAAGGAACGCUGUCUUGUGGAAGACAUACUAUAUCUAGAACCAUUAGAUUUGAAUGUAUACCGGGGGUUCACCCCACCUAAUGCUCCAACCUAUGGAAAGGUUUAUGGAGGGCAAUUAGUUGGACAGGCACUUGCCGCAGCAUCAAAAACUGUUGAAACUAUGAAGAUAGUCCAUAAUUUUCAUUGCUAUUUCCUUCUUGUUGGAGAUAUAAAUAUUCCCAUCAUAUAUGAUGUUAACCGCUUACGUGACGGCAACAACUUUGCCACCAGAAGUGUAGAUGCUAGACAGAAAGGAAAAACUAUAUUCACCUUGUUCGCGUCAUUUCAGAAAAAGCAACAAGGUUUUAUUCACCAGGAGUCGACCAUGCCUCAUACACCAGCUCCUGAAACGCUUCUACCAAGGGAGGAGAUGCUUGAACGGCUUGUUACUGAGCCUCUGCUACCUAGGGAUUACCGAAACCAAGUUGCAACUGAAAUUAGUGUUCCAUUCCCUAUAGAUAUUCGAUUUUGUGAGCCAAAUCGUUCCACUAAACAGAAUAAGUCUCCUCCAAGACUAAAAUAUUGGUUUAGAGCAAAGGGAAAACUUUCUGAUGAUGAUCAAGCUUUGCACAGAUGUGUGGUUGCAUUUGCUUCCGAUUUGAUAUUCGCCACUAUCAGUUUAAACCCUCACCGGAGAGAGGGCAUGAGUGUAGCUGCUCUUAGCCUGGACCACUCGAUGUGGUUCCACCGACCUGUAAGAGCAGAUGAUUGGUUGUUGUUUGUGAUAGUGAGUCCAACUGCGACCGAAAGCCGCGGUUUUGCAACUGGCAAAAUGUUCAACAGAAAGGGAGAGCUGGUGGUAUCAUUGACGCAAGAAGCUGUGUUAAGAGAAGCUGUGACUAUUAAGCCAUCCUUCGGGGCCAAGCUAUGAAGCCAUAGGAUUUUGAUAGUGAGAGAAUUGCUGCAUCUGUUACUCCUCACGGUCACAUUCCAAAGAGUCGUCACUUAUACUACAUUUGCAUAUGUUUUUCGAUCCACAAUUAUUAUUUUCCCCUCUAAAAGGGUCUACACAUAUGUUUGUUUGUAACCACGAUAAUGUUUCAACAGCAAUGAAAAAGCAAACAGUGGUUCAUUUUACAGGUUAACGACGUCGUUUUGGAU